AUGCCUCCUUCAGCAAUCCGGUACCCUCCCCAGGGCGGUUGGGAACAUGUUGACAAAGACUGGCUGAAAUCGCUCAAACUCGAUAGGAACGAUACAGUGCUCGAUCUCAUGAGGCAUAUCCCGUACAUCAAACAUGAUGAGGAAGAUGACUUCGAUCCUCGGAUGAUCUUCGAGAGAACCACCGUGGUCGACUGCGCGGCAGAGAGAACUCUCGGUCCACUUCACGAAUCGCAAAGAGACUUUCUGUUCGAGCCAUUUGGCAUUGAGGUUCCUCCCCAUGUCCAUGUGCUUGCCAAUCUCCCGUCCGGUUAUGACGGUCAUAACAUCUUCAUUGAUACGGAACGCGGGAGAGUCAUUCUUGCUGACACUCAAGUUGGGCCCAGGCCGACCGACUUGUCACUGUUUGACAAAGGGGACUGGCUCGAGUACGCAACCUAUGCUGUCCCUUAG